CUCCUCCAUUCCACUCUUGUGCGUUCCAGCUUGAGCUAGACCAGAACCGAACCAGACGUCACCCGAAUAUAUGCAUGUGCCCCAAGCCUACGUCUGUUGGUUUGAUGUUUGUUGACUGUUGCUGACGGGUUCUAAUUUUUCUUCUUCUUUUGCUCUUUGAACUGUAUUGCACCAUCGCGAAUUUCUUGCGUCUCUCACCAUAUUGCCCUGAUUCUAGUCACCACGAUAACCUUUUCCUGCCAUCCGCAUCGUUGUUACGCUCCCGGGCCCGGCGGGUUCGCCGAGUUCCUUGCACGCGAGUGAAGAUGCAACAGUCGGUUUAAGGGACCGCUCCCCUUCCCGUAUCCCAACGAUCACGAUCUCGACCAAGGUCUUUGCCGUAAUUGAUACCGACAGAAACCUCGACCAAUACCAAUCAUAAUUCGUCUCGUCGCCCUGUCGUGCUCUAUACAUUGACCUUUUACCAAGUCCCGAGAUGGCUGAUACGGCCGUGUCCCCUCCGGCACCUUCGGCAUCUUUCGAUAAUACUAGUGGCUGGUUCAACUUCACUAUGUGGACGGCGCAGCAUAUACCCUAUCUCAACAUGACCAAAAUUGCCCCGUCAAUUGAGGACAUUGUUCUGGCUGGGCCUAGAAUGGUCAUGAAGCUGGGUCGUUUUGGGUCCGUCUUCUCCGUCACGGAUGCUGUCGACGGCUUCGGACAGCAAGUGAUUGCCGACACAACUACGGAGUCGAGUAUUGUAUUUGCCGCAACGACCACCCCCCGCGCUGGGGCCUACGUGGCCAACACCGCGACGAUGUCGGCCGCCGUCGCCGCCGCCGCCGCCGAAUCCGUUCUUGCCGGGCAAGAAACAAAUACAGCGUUGCCGGCGGCCUCAUCACGGUUCUCCCUUGAGGGUGCCAGAGGCCUGGGGUCUGUCUUCAGCUACGCUACCAGCAAGUGGGCAUUGUGCUGCAUUGCUAUGGCCGUGGUGCUCAACCGCACUCAUAUAUUUGCUGCAACACGCAGGCGUCUACGUCUGCGUUGGCCUGUCCGCUUUGGCCUACGCAUAGUGCCUAUAAUUCUCUUCCUUUUCCAGGCAAAGCGUCUUCUGCAGUCCAUUCAGUGUCAAACUUCACCUGAGUUUGCAGAGAUGCGGUGGGGUGACGCUACUAAGAGCUCAGAAAUGAUGUUUUCACAACCUAACGCCUUCCUGCAUGGGCUGAGUGCAGCUUUACUUUUUGGACCAUCCGACCAGGAAUCCUGCCUAGCUGUUCAUAUGAUUCCAUCCCCGGACCCGGAAGGCAGAGCUUCUUCACAGCUGCGGGGCUCCCUGUCCCUUUUGUGGCCUCUCUUUGGUAGCUUUUGCCUCAGUCACUUUCUCGAAACUAUAUCAUGUGCCGUUCAGGGGCGCCAUCUUGCGGCAGAGACGGGCAUGACUUUGUUCGAGCACUCGCUCGCUUUUGCAGAGGCUGACGCUGCCAUCAGCAAUCAGCUGGGUUGGGGAAUGUUUACCAACACUGCAGCAGCUGCGGCAGCUUCGUCUGGUAACAUAAAUGCUGAUAUCGCCAUCACCAGAUCUAUGCUUCUCCGACGGGCAAAUACACCCCCUGAGGUCUUACUGGUUGCGUUUCUGUCAGCUAUGAGCCAUGUCACCAGCCACCUCCUGGGCAUAUUCAACCUUCAACACAAGGCCCGUCUUCUCAGUACCGGAUUUUUCGCUGCAUGCUUCAUGGGGUCGAUCAUCUGGAGUGCAGUCACCUUUUCGCUUGAUGACCCUGCAGGCCAGAGCCUCCUCAGGUUUCCAACUGUUUGCAUAAUAGGCUACAUACCUCACGUUCUUGUGCUUGCUGGCAUCUGGAUAUGUUUUUCAAUUUACGUCGUUGCCCUUUUCCUGACAGCUCUGUCUCCUCCGGACGUCAGCACCACGGCCGACGAUCCAGUCGAUGCGGACGAUGGCUGGCCACAAUCACUAAUGGGUCGUCUCAGGCGGGCCCAUGAUAACAUGCAGGCCAACAUUUCUCUCUCAGACAUUCGACUGACCAUGGAAAUGGAUUUUUACACGGCGCUACUGAGGGCUGGGUUCGCUGCGAUAUCCAUGGCAAGUGAAGCAGUUUACCUGAAUGAAGAUCGGCGUGUCAAUCUCGCCCGACGCACCUGGCUCGAGGAUGACAGGCUUCGCGAGAUGGAGCAACUACGGAUGCAGUGGCUCCCAGGAUCGAGAUACGACUUUAAUGGCGCCAUUGGCCUCGUCCCUAUUGAACAGUCACAGAACGGAGGUGAACUGGUGCCUCAGUGGGGCGGCUCCGGCUACGCCAGAGAACGUGCGGCUCAGCAGGUUGCCAAAACCAAAACUGGCGAACGUGUCCGCCCUAUGAGAGAUGGGGUGGGUGCCGCUGAGCGCAGUGGGAGAUGGUUGUUGGCAGUUGAGUUCCUCGCACGCAUCAGUCGCCUGGUAGUCACGUACAGUGCCUUGGUCUUUUGCAAACUGCUCAGCCGGAUCGGAAUCAACAACCCACCCUCCUUCCUGCGCUAUCUAGCACAGCAAGCCAAGCCUCCGAGCGUCCCCAAUCCUAGAGAAGCAGGGCGGAGCGUCGUCGCGGACAACGGACGAGGAGUUGACGGCGUCCGUGACUCCAAAGGUCAGGUUAUAGGGGAAUGGAUCCGAGGCCAGACUGGCACUGCUUACAUCCCAAGGCAUGAGUCAGUGGACUUGGAGCAGAUCGUGGCCGGUCAGAUGCCCGAGGAGAAAGACACGUCAGGUAUAAUGUACAGAUGGUGGCUGAAGGGAGGAUGGUGGGGAGAAGUUGAUAGGAGCGGCGACUAUACACCACCCGUCGACCACAAUGACCCUGACUUUGACAAUACAAGCAUCGUGUCGGCUACUGAUACGGACCUCAUGAGCGAGGUGCAAAGUCAAGCUGGCUGGGACUCGGAUGACGAUACCUGGGAAGAUGACUUGGAUGAUGGCCAACGGACGCCCACUCAGCGAUCACAUAUGGCGACACGUGAGUCGACACCACUGGUUGACAACCCGAUGGCCGUCGCGGACCUUGCCCGACUGCUCAAUCCACGAUCACCCGAGGAAACAGCUGAAGCACGUGCUUUGGCCACCCACCUUGAAGCUGACGGCAUCGUCACCCGCAGCCGGUUCGCAAGACUCUCAGCGCAGCAACGAGCACAGGUUCUCAUGCCUGGCGGUCGUGACCUUCGCCGACAUCGUCUUUCCCAGAAGAUGACACCAGACGAGGAAGCGCAACUGCUGGAGCAGAUUCUGAUAUCUCGGAGAGGAAACAACACCCAGCAGCAGCAGCGACCUGGCGGCGCAUCUACCUGGGCCACGGGGGCGCCCGGGCUGGGGCCCGACGGGCCGCAGUGCGUAGUAUGCCACAGCGCGUCGCGGACGGUCAUUGUAUGGCCGUGCCGAUGCCUGAGUCUCUGCGACGAUUGCAGGGUAUCACUUGCCAUGAAUAACUUUGAUAAGUGUGUGUGCUGUCGCAGGGAGGUCAUCAGCUUUAGUCGUAUUUUCGUGCCUUGAGUGAGACGAAAGACGUGGACUUGGGGUCAUGAUGCCACAGUGGGUAAUUUUGUGGUUGUCAGUAAUUAGUUGGGAGGCGUUUGGGUCUUUGUUUUUGUUAUUUCGGUUGAGCUUUGUUUUUUCUUGUAAAUAUGUGCAUCAUGCGGCCCAACUAUGGCGCGACAGUUGAUUUACAUAGUAAUCAACUUGAUGGUUGCAAUGUGCCUGAGCAAUAUUCUUGGGAAUAGACAGACAGACUAAUGAAUGGCCUGCACGAUUAUCUAUCGGGCCUUCAAGUUUGACCACUCAUUAUCACAAAACACUGCGUCUUACAGCCUAGGCUACCAACCUAGGUACCUACGUACCACAGCCCAUUUAGUCUAGACUACUAUUGUUGUAUAUUGCAUGUUUUGCCUGAUAA